AAGAUACGGAACAGUGUAACGUCAUGACCUUUCGUCUCAUGUCCAUAGUUCAGGAUUUCGUUCUGCAGGAAGAAUAUGGGAGACAAAAAGAUACUCACCAUUGGUUUGGUGUGUCUGGAUAUCAUAAAUGUUGUGGAUAAAUACCCGGAAGAAGAUACUGAUACCAGGUGUUUGUCUCAGAGAUGGCAGAGGGGAGGAAAUGCAUCAAACACGUGCACAGUUUUGUCUCUGCUUGGGGCCCCGUGUGCAUUUAUGGGGUCUUUGGCUCCUGGACCAGUAGCUGACUUCAUCUUGAAUGACUUUCAAAUGUACAAGAUUGACAUCUCUCUUCUUCUGGAGCAUGCCGAAUGCUCCUUUCCAGCUUCUGUAGUAAUCAGCAGUGUGAUGACAGGAAGCCGUACAAUUCUGCAUAUGAACAGAAACUUGCCAGAUGUUUCUGUAGAAGAUUUUUCAAAGGUGGACCUCAGCCAGUACAAGUGGAUCCACUGGGAGGGCCGUAAUGCUGACGAACAAGUGAAGAUGAUUGAGAGGGUGAGAGAGUAUAACAGCAAACAGGAAGAGAAGAACAGAAUCACCAUCUCUGUGGAAAUCGAGAAGACCAGGGAACCCCUCUACCAGCUCUUCCCUCUUGGUGAUUUGGUCUGUGUUAGUAAGGAUGUAGCCCAGCACUUUGGGUUUACCUCAGCUGCUGCUGCAUUGAAGGGUUUCUAUGGUCGUCUGAGAAAGGGAGCUACCCUCAUUUGUGCCUGGGCGGAAAAGGGAGCGGAUGCCAUGGGUGCUGAUGGUGUAAUCAUCCAUUCAGAUGCAUUCCCGCCUGAGAAGCUUGUAGACACACUUGGAGCAGGAGAUACGUUCAAUGCUUCUGUGAUCUAUUCCCUUUCAAACGGGGGCAGCCUACAGGAUGCUCUCACAUUUGGCUGCCAGAUUGCAGGCAAAAAAUGCGGCGUCCACGGAUAUGAUGGAAUUUUACACUAAACAUGGCGAAGAGGUGCACAGCUUGAAUGUAGUACAGACAUGAAGCAUGCUGAUAAACUUAACUAGCGUUGUAAGCCAGUAGUCAUUGUUAAGGCACGGUGAGGUACUGAAAAAUGUUGCUUCACAUAGAAAAGACUAAUGUAUAUGCAAAGGAUAAGUCUAAAUUAUGAUGGUAUAGCCCCUACUGAUGUUCUUCUGUAUUAGAAUUAAUAAAUUAAUUGAAAAAAACAACUUACAACUCUUCAC